CAGAAACUUCAAAAACAGAUAGUAGCGAUGAUGAUAAGUUUAAUGAUGACGAGUUUAAUGAUGAUAAAUUUAAUAAUGCUGAAUUUAAUAAUGAUAAAUUUAAUAAUAAUAAAUUUAAUGAUAACAGAUUUAAUAAUGAAGAAGAUAGCAAUGCAGAAGUAAGUAUCAUAGAAGUCGAAGAAGCGAAUAAUGCUAUUACAAAGCUAUUUAACUCUGAAAUUUCUGAAAGUGAUUUUGAAAUUGAACUCACUGAAGUCUAUAAUAUUAAGUUUCCUGAAAACUUAGAUGAUACUAUUAAACAAUUAGAAAAAGAAGUAAAAAGUAAUAAGCAUAGUAAGAUAGAGAAAGCUCACCUCUACGCAAUGCUAUCAUAUUUUUAUCUUGAUGAUGAUAUUUUGAUGCAGAUUAAGUCCUUUCUUAGAUCAAAUAAAUGGAAUGUCAAUUUAUAUGAACUGGCAAUACAUGUAAAUGAGGUUAGAAAAGAAGUAUACAUAGAUGGUAAAAAUAUAGAAGAAGAAACUCAUCCAGCUUGGUAUUAUGAGACUAUUAUUUUAGUAAUACACAAUAAGUGCCAAGGAAAAUCAGUUUAUGUAAGCAAAUUUCUUACUGAUGUUAGUGGACAUUUAGUAUUAUAUGACGAAGACAAGGCUGCUUUUUCUAACCUUCCAACAGAAGCUUGUAUUAUAAUUUAUCUGAGUAAAGAUGAUAACAAGUGGUGGAAUUCAGAUGAUCUUAUAAACCAAGUAAAAAACUAUACAAUUCUAAUAUUUGAAGCUCAGUUUUCAGAUACAAAAGCUCUUUUUGUAUUCGAUAAUGCAACUAAUCAUUGUGCUUAUACUAAGGAUGCUCUUUUAGCAAAGAACAUAAAUUUAUCUCCAG